AUGAUAAUAAUAAUCUAUUUGCUCUCUGCUUUUUAUACUUAGGAAAUAAGACAGAAAUAAUGCUUAGUAUCUCGACCUGACAUAAAGACUUGCUUUGAAUAAACAAAACAAUUUUUUUGUAUUUAAAUCAACUAUAAUAAUAGGUGGCUUUGACUAAUACUUUAACUCUUGUAUUCCUAUCUAAGAUACUAAUAAUGGAUGUGACUCGAAAUUAAAUGAAAAAGCUUGCAUAAGUUAAAUAAGUAAUAAACAAGGAGAAGAAUGUUAAUGUAUUUGAAACAGUUAAUAAUUUAGGUGUUUUUGAUACAAGAUGCAAAAAUAUUUCAUAACAUUAAUUAUCUAAGAUUGAAUGUAUUGGAAAUAUUAGUAAAUAUGCUUGCCUGAAUAUAAGUAACCAUAGAUGCUAUUGGGAUUCAUUCUGUAAAGAAAUCUUAACAGAAUAAAUUCGAGGUUUAUCAUGUGAAGAAUAAUAUGAUCUUCCAGUCAACCCUCUAGCUUGUUCAACUCUAUAAAAUUUGGAAUGUAUUAAAUUAUUGAAAAAUUAAAGGUAUGAAUACAGGAUAGACUGGAGAUUUUAAAUGCAUAAAAAUAUAACAAAACAAUUAUUCAACAUUAAAAUGUUCAUAAUUAGGGUUGACGGAGUUGGCUUGCAUAAAAAUACAAACACCUGGAGAAAAAUGUAUUUGAAAAUUUAAUUUAGGUAUUUAUAAAAAUCGAGUUUGUCAACCUAUUUAGAACAAUGAAAUUGUAAAUUGCAAAUAAAAAAUCAAUAAGUUGGCUUGUCUUUCAAUAGAAAAUCCUAAUUUAAAUUGUUAGUGGAUAAAUGAUAAUUGUUAAGAAUUUUAAUUUACAAACAAAAUAUUUGAAAUUGUAUCAGAUGUUAACAAAAAUGUUUGUAUUAAACUUUAAGGAUCUUAUAAAUAUGUGAGAGAAAAAUUCUAAUGUGAAAUAAUUCCAUUAGAAAAUCAUUAUNGGCUUUGA